AUGACCGUCGACGUGCUGGCGAUUGGCGCCCACCCUGAUGACGUCGAGCUGGCCUGCGGUGGCACCGUAGCGACUCUGGUCGAGGAGGGUCGGCGGGUGGCAAUCCUGCAUUUGACCCGCGGCGAGAUGGGCACUCGCGGCACCGCAGAAGAACGCCAGCACGAGGCCGAAGCGGCUGCCGAAGCCCUUGGUGUUACCGAGCUGGCCUUUCUCGAUUGUGGCGACGGCGGCCUGCGACGCGGACCGGCGGAAGAAGACGCCUUGAUCGCCGAGCUGCGCCGCCUGCGCCCCGAGUUGGUGCUCGGUCCGACCCCGGCGGAUCGACAUCCCGACCACGGACGGGCUCACCGGCUGGUCACCGACGCCUGUUUCUAUGCCGGCUUGCGACGCCGUGGCGUGGGCCGACCCCAUCGGCCGGCGGCGGUUUUUGCCUACAUGCAGCACGAUGCCUUCGAGCCCAGUUUUGUGGUCGAUGUCAGCAGGGUGUGGCUGCGCAAGUUGGCGGCGCUGGCGGCCUACGGCAGCCAGUUGCACCAGCCCGGUCAAGCUCGCGACGAGCCGCUGACCAAGGUGGCUAGCCCGGAGUAUUCGGCGGCGGUCGAGGGCCGGGCACGACACUUCGGCCAGUUGAUCGGUGCCGAGUUCGGCGAGCCCUUCCUCAGCCCUCUGCCGCUGGCGGUCGCCGAUCCGAUGGUGUUGCUGCCCGGCGGAUUGCGUUGA